AUGAAGCCUGCCUCUUGCCUCCUUCUCAUGCUCAUUCCCCUCUUCCAGCUGAUGAUCCCAGGGGAUGCUCAGUGUUCCUUAGAUGCAGCUGUGGAUAAAAAGAUAAAGGCAGCGCUCAACAAACUAGAAUAUAAGCCCCCUGCCCUAACCCAGAAGCUCUUGUGUGUCAGUGUCACUGCCUCAGGCAAACUGGCCUCCUGCCCUGCAUACAUUGCUGCCACUGGUUGUGCCUGUGGCUACGCCUGUAGUUCCUGGGAUGUACAGAGGGAAAACAUGUGCCACUGCUAG